CUCCAACUGACCCCCGGAUGAGGUAAUCGUGGGUGUAGGACGCAGUGCUUGGUCACCCAUGGCGGGCACAGUGAUGCUCUUAUUAACAGAGGCUGCCGGUUGGCUUGCAGCCAGGUGUCUCAUGGCGCAUACAACAUCAUCAGGUUGAACUCCCAGUUGCCACUUGACUUACAUACCCCGUCCAGCCUCGACUCAACUGUUUGGCCUAUUGGCGACUGCCCCAAGCACCAUACGCACAUCACAAGCAUGGCACCUUCAGCCAUCACUGACUCGCCGCCGCGGGAGCCGGCCUACCUCACAUCCCCUCCGUCAAAUCGUGAUGACUAUGCUGUGCAAGCGGGUGUGGCCGACUUCCAAGGCUACGACCACGUCACCUGGUGGGUUGGCAACGCCAAGCAGGCUGCCCAAUACUACAACAGCAUCUUUGGCUUCUCGACAGUAGCAUACCAGGGCCUUGAGACUGGCAACCGGUAUACCACAUCACACGUCGUGACCAACAACAAUGUCCGCUUCGUCUUCACAUCCCCCAUCCGCUCGGCCAGGCACCUGCCAGAGGAUGAGCCGAUAACGCCAGAGGAGCGUCAACUCCUCGCCGAGAUGCACGCUCACCUCGAGAGGCAUGGCGACGCCGUCAAGGACGUUGCGUUCGAGGUGGAUGAUGUCGAGGCCGUCUACUCCAGGGCCGUCGAGGGUGGUGCUGUAUCUGUACAGCCCCCGAAAGUCCUCAGCGACAAGCAGCACAAGGGCGAGGUCACCACCGCCGUCAUCCGCACAUAUGGCGACACCACGCACACCCUCAUCUCGCGCAACGGCUACAGCGGGCCGUUCCUCCCUGGCUUCAUCGCCAAGUCUGCUCCCCCUUCGUCCGUGACGCUGCCCGAUGUCCAGCUGGCCCGCAUCGACCACUGCGUCGGCAACCAGUCAUGGAACGAGAUGGUCGCCGCCUGUGCCUUCUACGAGCAGUGCCUGUCGUUCCACCGCUUCUGGUCGGUCGACGACUCGCAGAUCUGCACCGAGUUCUCGGCGCUCAACUCGAUCGUCAUGGCCAGCGCCAACAACAUGGUCAAGAUGCCCAUCAACGAGCCCGCCCCGGGCAAGAAGAAGUCCCAGAUCGAGGAGUACGUCGUCUUCAACUCGGGCCCGGGCGUCCAGCACAUCGCCCUGCUGGCCAAGGACAUCAUCGGCACGGUGGCCGCCAUGCGCGCCCGCGGCGUCGAGUUCAUCAGCGUGCCCGAGACGUACUACGACACGAUGCGCCAGCGGCUCAAGACGGAGAAGCGCUCGUGGGAGCUCCAGGAGGACCUCGACACCAUCCAGUCGCUCAACAUCCUCAUCGACUACGACGAGGGCGGCUACCUCCUCCAGCUCUUCACCAAGCCCCUCAUGGACCGCCCCACCGUCUUCAUCGAGAUCAUCCAGCGCAACAGCUUCGAGGGCUUCGGCGCGGGCAACUUCAAGAGCCUCUUCGAGGCCAUCGAGCGCGAGCAGGCCAAGCGCGGAAACUUGUGAAGAAGUUCAGUUUCUUUUUACACAAAGAAAAAAACAAAAAGUAGUCGGAUUGGUACUUUUUGUGCCAACUUCGCUUCGAGAAUCAUGGUUUGCUGCCUAGCCGGGAGGCAUCCAGGACCUCUACAUACCUUUUUCUUUUCUUCCAUCGGCAUUCGUCCGGUCACCCUUCCUGUACGUUUUCGAGGGAAGUUUUGGCUCCGCGACUUUUUACUUUUUUUUUUUCCUUCUCUCUUGGACAUCGUUUCAUGUCCACCACAUCAUCAUUGUCUGCGCUGGCCAGGGUAGCACGCAGAAAUUGCACAACAUAGCGUUCAUAGUUUGCACUUUUGAAAAAUGAUGACACAUGAGUUUUACGCUUUAAUUUACAA